UGUGAACCAUUCUGUUCCAAGCCGAGGCGUUGCGAUCAACAAGCAUGGCGGCCACAGACCAAAAUUCCAACGCUGUCAUCCAAGGAUUGGCCCGUCAUUUAAAUUGCCUGGGCGAAGAAAAUAAAUUGGCUCGGCGAAAAGCACUUGAAAAUAUUAAGAAAGAUACUGUUGGUAGAAAGCCAUCGAUAGAUGAAUCAGAAACCAAACCAAUUUUAAAUGAAAUAUUGAAACCAUUGUUAAAAUCAUUCUCAGAUCCGGUGGAAAAGUGCAGAGAGCUUUCUCUGGAAAUACUAAGUCAGUUUCUGCGACAAGUAAAAGACCCAGAAGAAUAUCUGCCGUUUAUAAUACCUGUUGUAGUGCAGCGUCUGGGGCAGCAAGAAAUAACGGAAUCUUCUGAAGAACUGCGGUUUCAGUUGGUUUCAUUUAUGCAGGAAAUUCUAGAAUGUUCUGGCAAAAAACUUGCUGUUUACUUGGAUGAUAUUGUCAAAAUUUUACAAAGAACAAUUUUAGAUCCUUAUCCAGAAGUUAAGAAAGUUAGUUGUCAAUGUCUUUCUAUUGUUGCUAAAACAAUACCAGAAUAUUUUCAACAGCAAUCAGAAUCUCUAGUAAAACCUCUUCUACAAUCAAUAGCACACCAACAUGCAAAAGUCAGAAGCAUUGUGGUCUAUACAAUAGGAGAUGCACUUCAAUAUGGAAAUGGAAAAUCAGUUGACACAGUGGUUUCACACUUGGCCCAAAGGCUGUUUGAUCAGACACCAGCAGUUCGACUAGCAGUAACAAAAGUGGUGGGAAACUGGAUGCUUGAUUUGAUGGAUCGCUAUUCAUUUUGGUACAAGCUAAUUCCGCUUCUUCUUACAAGCCUGUCUGAUGACCAGCCUGAGAUAAGAGACAUUGCAGACUCGUUAUGGCAUGAUGUGGGUAUGAAGUAUGCCAAUGAAAAUGAAGAAGAGCUAAAAGACAAGAUGGAUUUUCCAAAGCAAGAAUACAGUCACUAUCCAAAUGGAGUGGAACGUCCCAAUCUUGGAUGCAGAACCUUGAUGUUUCGAAACAUGUCAAAAAUACUGCCAGCUCUUAUGAGAGAUAUCACUGAUUGGGUUGUUGAAACCAGAAAGAAGUCUGCUGCAUUGCUGUACCAUAUACUUUUGAACGGUGAAGAAUACAUCACACAGCACAUGGAAGUCUUGACAUCAGGCUUGUACAAAGCCUGUGCUGAUGAUGAAAAGGAUGUUGUUAGCAAUGCACUAAAAGCAGCAGAGCUGAUAGGCUAUUUUGUGGAUACAGAAGUCUGGAGUAAACUGAUUCUUAAAGGUGUGAAGACAUUACAGAACCACUCAAGUAUCAUGGUGCUAGCAGCUGUCAUAAGGGGAACGGAAAAAUCUAAGCUUAUGCCACAUUUGAACUCCAUAUUGGACACAGUCUAUACACCAGACAUCUGUCAGAGUGUAGUGGUGCCAAUGCAGAUGCAGAUUCUGUCCUGCAUGGAGUCAAUGCUGGUUGUGUCUGAUACAGACCUCCUCGCAUCAAACAAGUCUCCACAGACCAUGUUCAAUAUCCUCCAUACGGUAUUGGCUCUACAGCAAGGAGACAUCAUCAAAGACAAGGUUCUAGAACUGAUAGGUCAUUUGGUACAGCUGGAGUCCCUCCCAUCCCGGCUAGAGCUGUACAGAGUCCAUAUGAAGCCCCUUCUGGGCAGCUUUAAGGAGACAUACCCUGUCUGGACCACCCACUCUGUGGAGAGACUCGUGUUUGAUGUGGCUGUCAUGGAGGCAGGCCCAGUGGUGGGUGACCUCUUAGAUGACGUGAUGCCAAUCCUCACUGCCAAUUUUCACCCAGACAAAGAGCCAGAGGUGCGCCUUAAGUUCUUCUCCCUGCUCUCUCACCUCAUGAUGAACCACAAGACCACUGUGGACUCACAAGAGAGAUUUGCUGACUUUGCCGAGAUAGUGGUUCGUGACAUGAUUCUCCCCAACUGUGUAUGGAAGGCUGGCCGGGUUGCAGCUGCCAUCAGAACCACAGCAGUGUCCUGUGCCUGGGCAUUAUUGCAGAGUGGAGUGCUCACUAUAGACAGGCUUGAACCAGUUUUAGACUACUUCAUCACGCAGAUGCUGGCCUGCAUGGAGGAUGACAACAAGGGGACUCGUCUGGUGGCCUGCAGGGUCAUGACCCGAACCUUUGACCUGGCAGGGGGGCGGGUCAACCAGGACCGUCUACACAACAUGUACCUCGAGCUACUGAAAAGGCUGGAUGACAGCAGCGACGAAAUCAGGCUCACCGUUGCAAAGACUUUCCUGGCCUAUUUGGACUGUUUUGAGAAAGCGUAUGAUGUUCAGCUAUACAGAGCCCACUUGGAGGCGAUGUAUAAAGGCUUGCUGGUGCAUUUAGAUGAUCCUGAUGAAAGGAUUCAGGAAGCAAUUUUAGGUGUGCUGAAGAAGGCUGGGAGCCUAUUGCCAGGAAUGUUGCUCCAGGAGGUACAGGGCAGCAAGCACAAGCACCGCUCAGACCAAUACUGUGAGGAACUCAUUGCCUACCUCCAGUCCCUCUCCACUACAGCCUCAUGAGAGCCUUUGUGGGGAUUAUCAUGUUUGGCUGAGUUUCAUCUUGUUUUUUUUUUCAUUUUGACCUUAUAAAAAGAACUGGAAAGGUGUGUUCUAAUUACAUGUAUCAUGUAUGUAUGUCAUAUUUCAUCUUGGAUAUUAGUGUUGUUCAUGGACAGAUGUUGUAUUUAAAAAAAGGACAUGAUUAUUUUAAUUGAUCUAAAAUGACAAAAGUAGAAGAUUGGAUUGAAUCUGACAUCUUGUUACCAGACAACUCCAUACAUGUAUUGCUGUUUAUUUGCUGCACAAUAUGAUUUCAUAUUUCUUAGUAAAAUAAAAAGAGUCUCCAAAUAAUUAUGAGAAACUUUGUUACAAUGACAAUCAGAGACUACAUAAAAUAUACAUGUUUGUUUCAAUCUUAUAAUUUGUUUCAUUUGAAAAUCACAUAAAUGUAAAUUAUAUUCCAUCAGUUCUUCUUUAAAGGGUACUCUUAAGUUAUGUACGUUUUUUGUUCAACAUGUAAACAUCCAUAAAAUGAGGUAAAAUCCGAAAAUUUCUCAAAUUAUAAAAGCAUUCACAUGGUCAAGCUGCAAAAUUAUCAAUAUUUGUAGAUAAACUAACAAAUGUUUUAUUUAUUUGUUCAAAUUGUAUGUAAGUUGUUUAUUGUCUGAAAAUAUGAAAUCGAGUUCCUUUUAAAAUUGCAUGAUUUUAUUGUGCAUAUUUCUAAAUAAGUAUUUGUAGGAACAAUCCUUAACAUGUGCUCAUGUCUUAUUGUAACUAAUAAUUAUAGAUUAUUAGAUGUUUCACUGUACAAUACGGAGAUAUAUUUUGACGAGCACACAGUUUGACGUCAUAUUGGACGAGCCGUUAGGCGAGUCCAAUAUGACUUCAAACUGUGUGCGAGUCCAAAUAUAUCACAUAUUGUACAGUUUAAAUGUCUAAUAAGCUUUUUAUUCUAUAUCCCUUUCUUUGGCUCUUUGUUUCAUUUUAAUUUUGAUUUGAAAAUGCUUUAAUUGCUUCUAUGCUAUUUUCAAGACAAGCACCCGUGUGAGUCGAUUAUAGUAUAUUCGGAUUCUUUUUCUCUGUUACUGCUUUUAUCGUUAUAAAACAAUUGCUUAGUGCACUUGUACUCAACUGUCCAAUAUUGAAAAAAUACAGACUUUUUGGAUCCAAUACCGGAAAAUAUUGGACAGUCAAGUGGUACAUAUGAAGAAUGCUGAUUGGAUGAAUUUAUUGGAUAUAGAAUAAUAAUAUAUUAUGUGACAUUUUGAGAAUGAUAAAAUUGUAUUUAAAAAAACCUACCACUGCAAUUAAAACUGAGCUUUUGUGUGUGAUUAAAUUUAUGUGCAUUGCACUGCCAAAUAUUAA